UAUUUACUAAUCUUCUGCUGCUGAUAGUGAUCAUUAUUUGUCCUUUUUAUCUCACCCUUUAUGUCUCCUCCAAUCUUCAUGUCCCGACCCUCCUCCGUUUCCUGUUCUCCAUUUACAUCGUUCUGCUCAAUUUUUCCAUCCCUUUAUCCUCGCCGUCCCUAAAUUUACUCCUUAAAUCUUACCUAAACACGAGGGCUUUAUCGUAAUUACAUUAUAACGGACCUUAGCCGUGGUAAAUCGAGUCCCGUUUCUUUCUAUCUUUUCCUCGAUCAUACUCUUCAGCUCUUUUAGUUAAACCCUACAAAAUUUCUCCCAAUUUCUCAAUUUGUAAUUUCAUUCUCUUUCUUCGAUUCAUGAAUUGUUUCUGCAAAGUCUUAAGAAUUUUUAAUUGGUAGUACUUUCAAUCGGAGAAUGGCAACGGCGACAAUGGCGACGGCCGCCGGAGCUGUUCUAGUGCUAUAUGUUCUUCUAAAUCGGAGAUUUUUGGCGGCUAAAUCUGAACAACAUGGUGAUGAUCGAGGUAGUAAUGGUGGAGAAUCGAAUUUGAGUCGAUCUAUUAGGCGGAAGAUUUCUCGGCGACCUGCUCAAGCUCCGGCUACUUGGUUUGAGACUUUGAGUACUUUGUCAGAAACUCUUAGGUUUACUUAUUCUGAAACUUUGGGGAAAUGGCCGCUUGGUGACCUAGCUUUUGGGAUCAACUAUCUUAUUCGUCGUCAGGGAGAUUUCCAAGUUGCAAGUGUGUAUGCCAGUGAUGAUUGUAUUCAGCUCAAAGGUCCUGAAAUUGUGUCUGAGCUAAAACAUUUUUUGAGGCUGCUGACAAUGUGCAUGCUUUUCUCCAAGAAGCCAUUUCCUGUGUUUUUGGAGUCUUCUGGGUACACUGAAGCUGAUGUUCUUCUUCAGAAGCCCAAAGCUGGUCUUCUGAAGCCUGCCUUCACUAUUAUAACUGAUCAUGGCUCCAAAUGUUUACUUUUGUUAAUUCGGGGUACACAUAGCAUCAAAGAUACGCUAACAGCAGCAACUGGUGCCGUGGUACCUUUUCAUCAUUCUGUAUUACAUGAUGGUGGGAUAAGCAAUUUAAUUCUUGGAUAUGCUCAUUGUGGAAUGGUAGCUGCUGCUCGUUGGAUAGCUAAGCUUAGCACCCCUUGCCUCAUCAAAGCUCUGAGUGAUCAUCCUAAUUAUAAUAUAAAGAUUGUUGGUCAUUCCCUUGGUGGUGGAACUGCUGCUUUGUUGACAUAUAUUUUGCGAGAGCAACAGGAGUUUUCCGCGAGCACCUGUGUAGCAUUUGCCCCAGCUGCUUGCAUGACAUGGGAGUUGGCAGAAUCUGGCAAACCUUUCAUUUCUACAGUCAUUAAUGGUUCUGAUUUAGUGCCUACAUUUUCAACUGCAUCUAUUGAUGAUCUUCGUUCUGAGGUGACUGCAUCAUCUUGGUUGAAUGAUCUGCGUGAUCAAGUUGAGAGAACAAGAGUCUUAAAUGUUUUCUACCGUUCUGCUACAGCCAUAGGAUCCCGCAUACCAUCUAUAGCUAUCAGUGCAAAGGCUAGAGUUGCUGGUGCUGGUGCUCUUUUGCGUCCUGUCUCAAGUGGUACCCAGGUCGUGAUGAGGAGAGCUCAAGAUGUUGCACAAGCCGUUGUUCGUACCCGUCCAACCUUAUCCUCAUGGUCAUGCAUGGGAGCACGCCGCAGGAAUGUGGUUCAAUCAAUAAGCCCUAAAGAGGAGGGUUUGGCUGAGACCUCAUUAAUCCCUACAUCCUGCACAACAGAAGUAUUAGUAACAGAAGUAACAUGCACAGACACUGGGAUACAAAGUGGUGAUUACAUUUUUUCUAGUGAAGGUUCAGGACUUGAUAAUGACACAGAGGAGGAGGAAGAGCAACUCCUGGCAGCCGAUAAAGAUCUAACUACGUCAACAAUGGAGGCAGCCACUGAAGGUGAGCUGUGGUAUCAGUUGGAGAAGGAGCUUAAGAAACAGGAUGAAGCUCAGGCCCUAGUUCAGGAACAAGAAGCUGCUGCUGCUGCUGUUCAAGAGAUUACUGAAGAGGCACAUGUGUUAGCUGAAGCCGUGGAGAAUGAACAACCAAUUUCCUCUUCCGACAUUCAAGAGAAUCAUCAGUUUUACCCACCAGGACGAAUCAUGCAUAUGCUAUCAGUUCGUUUUUCUAACGAUUCUAGUUCAGGUGAUGAAGAUGCCGUUGAAGAACGAGUGGGCAUCUACGAGACACCUAGGCAUUUGUAUAGUAAGAUCAGAUUGACAAAAACGAUGAUUAAUGAUCAUUAUAUGCCCAUGUACAAGAAAAUGAUGGAGCAACUUAUUAAUGAACUUGAAAAUGAUGAAACAUUUUCAUGUGACACAAAAGAAAACUAAUUAAUCAUCUUUAUAUAAUACAUAUAAAUAUAGUACAUAUUCUGUUGGCAAUCUCGUCUGGUUUUAGGCUCGUGCAUUCUUGCUUAUUUUUUAUGUAAAUUUCAAGACAGUGUUCCAUCAUGGUGUUGAUUCAAUGAUGCAGAUGUCUCUCGAUUAAUGGAAAAGUUGACUAUAGUCUUCAGUCUCUGCUUGGUUUUUAAAUUAAAUUGGACGAAUUGCG